AUGAUCAGCAUCGUUUUCUCUGAUUUCUGUAAGUUCUGGGAUUCACUGGAGCCUCCGUACAUGGCGCCAGAGUUGUACGAUAUUACGAACAACGUGGUCACGGACAAGAGCGACAUGUACAGCUUGGGUGUGUUGCUGUGGGAGAUGCUCAGCGGCCUGGUUCCCUGGCAGGGCUGCGACCCGCUGGUGGUGGCCUACGCGGUCACCAUCAACCAGGACCGCCUGCCGCUGUCCAACAUACCGCCCGAGCGCCUGCCGCACAAGCUGCAGCGCCUCAUGGAGAGGCUGUGGGACCACGACCCGCUGCGGAGGCCCGCGGCCGCCGAGGUGGUCAAGCAGCUGGCCCUCAUUCAGCAGGACGUGGCGCGGCAGGAGGGCAGACAGCUGGUGGCUGCAUCAGUGCAGCCGCAGCUGCAAAUCCACCUAGACCCGCAGCCCCAGUGCGAAGUGCCGGCCCAACAGCCGCGGCAGCAGCAGCCACAGCCGCAAGUCGAUGCAGAGGCAGCUUCUUAG